AUGGCCGAUGUUGUCAAGGUCGGCGGGAACGACGAACUGAAGGCAAGGGUAACAACCUCCAAAUCGAGGUCCAAAUCGAGGUCUGAGGAUGACGGCUGGGUCCCUGAGGCACUGGACGUACCAGCAUGGCUGGAGGUGUCGGCAGCUUUGCGGAACGAGCGGGAGAGGGUUGUUGGGCGUCUUGAGGAUGUGUGCCGAAUAACGCUCUUAUCCAUCCGCCCAGAUUACCAACGCCUCGGUCUCGGUUCGGCACUUAUGCACCACAUCUGCGAAGACAUCGAUCGUCACGGCCGGUAUGGCAAUGUCUUGUCGUCACCUGCUGGCGUUAGGUUGUAUUCCAAGUUUAGAUUUGAGGUUGUUGGCCGGGUUGAGACGCCUUAUGGUCCUAUAAGCAGCAUGUUGCGCCGCAAGGUCCAGCGGGAUGUUUCAGUACCUAAAAAACACUAUUGA